CGUUCCCGCCUCCCUCCUCCUCCUUUUCGUUCUGCGGAGCAAAGAGACACCGAAAUACCGGGCAGCACCGUUAGGACUGCACGGCCAGGACAAGUGUUGCUUUGGAAGAAAGUCCCUUGGCCAUUGGGUAGGAGAGGAUUUCAUAAAAGGGGCAAGGUUCACCUUGUGGCAGGAUGGCUGAUCAUUACCAGGACUAUGAUUCACUGGGAGACCACACAACAGACGGGUCAGCUCAGCAGAUCUACACAGGAGGUGCAGGUGAUCAAGGUCUAGAGAGUGUCAUACGACUUCCUAGCGCAGCACACGGAGAUGAUGUGACCUCGGGACAAGAGGAACUAGCAAAUGGGGAAGCAGUGAGAAGCCAGGUCCAUGCAGAGAUCCCUGAGGGAACAACUGCAAAGGAAGCUGGCGUUGGGCAUACCCCCAAUCAACAGGACCAUGCCGCAGGUAAUGCAGAGGAGAUUGCACUUCUAGCAACCGCAGGACAGGAAGAGGAAUAUGAGACGGACACAAUUGAGGCAGCUUUGAAAGCAACAGCAAAAGAUCAGGCACACACUGAGGAUUAUGAGAUUACAGGUGAAGCUGAUGGGGAACCUCAAGCAGACAAGACAGCCCUAAGCAGUGGUAUAGUUGAGUCAACUCUAGAGGAUUAUAAAGAAACAAAUGGCAAAGAUGUUAACCUAGAAAUCUGUGAAGAUGACACCUAUGGGUGGAAAGAGCAAGUGGAUGAAGGCAGCGUGAAGAUGAAGGACUAUGAUGUAUCCCCAAAGGAGGAUGAAGAGGACUUGUCUCCAGUAGAACAGCCUCAGACUAAUGGUAUGAAGACUGAAUAUAUUCUCCUGGAAGAUGAUAAACACGAGAAGGAUAUAGAGGAGCCCUAUGUGGACAUACCGGCCAGUUCUUUCUCUGUGGGACAGAUACGGCCACGAGCUUCAGUGUCUGUCUACCAAGUGGAGAUCGAUGCCAACAUACCUAUAGAUAGCAAAGAGGAGCCGUGUGAAGAUGUAGCCUUUGCUGAAACAAGGCUUUCAACUGAGGAAACUCUGAAGUCCCCUCGGAUGCGAGUGCCAGCGCAGGGAUCAGGAAUACCAGUCAGUCGGGUCCCAGUUCCUAAAGCUCAUGAGCAGGAGAAACACGAGACUGACUCACAGGAAAAGGGAGCACAGAUCUCCACCAAACACCCCCCUGCCAAACAUGCCAGCAGGCUACACACUGUUCCCCACAAGUCACCCUCCUCUAGCACCUUAAAAAGUCCCUCCAGUUCAGCCGUUUCUUCUGUACGGAGCACUCAGAGAACAUCGUUUGGUACAGUUAGCCCGCUGGGCGUUACCGCAAGGCUGCACAGAGCCAAGGAGGAUGGAGGUCCGGAAAGUGCUGCAGCCAAGCUCACUGCUUCAAGGAACGCAACCAGCACCUCCAGAAUCCCAGCAAAGACUUCAUCCAUCCCCAAGACUUCCCCUAGUACUGUCAGAAGGGAUCAGAGAAAGCCACCGUCCAGUGUGGGGAAACCAGACAGAGCAGAAUCGACCAAAUCUGGCGAGAGGAGUGGGUACAGUAGUCCUGGAUCACCUGGCACACCAACUGGGCGCUCGUCUUCACAAACACCCACAAACCGAGAGCCCAAAAAGAUUGCCAUCAUUCGCACCCCUCCCAAAUCCCCAGCAUCUGCCAAGAGCCGCCUGCAGCCUGUCACUAGCCCAGCAGCAAUGCCUGACCUGAAGAAUGUGCGCUCAAAGAUCGGCUCUACGGACAACAUUCGGCAUCAGCCAGGAGGAGGCAGGGUGCAGAUAGUUCACAAGAAGGUCGAUGUGAGCACUGUGCAGUCCAAGUGUGGGUCAAAGGACAAUCUGAAACAUGUCCCAGGAGGCGGAACAGUACAGAUAACUCACAAGCCCAUCGAUCUGACCCGUGUCUCUUCCAAGUGCGGAUCUUUUGGCAACAUCCACCACAAACCAGGGGGAGGCAACGUUGAAUUAAAAUCAGAGAAACUGGAGUUUGACAAGAUUCAGUCAAAGAUUGGAUCCCUGGAAAAUGUAACGCAUGUACCUGGAGGUGGCGCUAAAAAGAUUGAGUCUCACAAGCUGCUGUUCCGGGAGAACGCCAAAGCCAGGACGGACCACGGAGCUGAAAUUGUCUACAAGUCCCCCGGGCAAUCUGGAGAAACCUCCCCACAUCGCCUCAGCAACGUCUCCUCUUCCGGCAGCAUCAACACGAGCAACUCCCCGCAGCUCUCCACCCUGGCCGACCAAGUCUCCGCCUCCCUCGCCAAACAGGGCUUGUGAUGCGCUUCCCCCACCCGGGGAAUUAAACGACGAAUUAACCAGAUAAAAGGGAAAAUAAACACAAAAAAAAAGUUACACUAUAGAAAAGCCCACGACAAUUUUCAUAAUGAAAUUCUCCUCUUGCUUAUUUAUUAAACUCCUCACUGCCAUUUACAGAUGGUCCUCCCCGACUGGCACUUGGGCAGAGGUUUAUGCUGCUCUCCCAUUGGUACAAACAAUGUGUAUAUUUUGCUCCAUAACAUGACACAAGACAGGCACAUGUUCAGAACGAGUGCAACCCCUUUACCCCCAUUGUAUCCUACUCACACAUAGAGCAGCUGUGGGGUCAGACUACACAGCACUUGGUGUAUCACCAAUAGUAGUGAUACACUCAAUACAAUGAGCACAUGCUACAAAUCACCUUCCUCUCUACCUUUCUCCAACUGAGCUCCCUUUGCAGGUAUCCCCUGCACCCCAAAGGAGAAAACGUCAGGCACUCACAGACCCCACAGAACAGGCUUGUAAACAAACUGAAAACUUUCAUUUUGGGGCAAAAAAUAAAUCAAUACAAAGUCUUACGCAUUUCAUGCCGUCCUAUGACUAUGAUUAAGUGCUGGACGGCACAAAACGCGUAAGGCUUUGUAUGGAUUUAUUUUUUGCCCCAAAAUGAAAGUUUUCAGUUCAUUGACAAGCCUGUUCUGUGGGGUCUGUGAGUGCCUGACGUUUUCUCCUUUGGGGGGGUUGGAUACCUCCACCUCGAGCUGUAGGUCGGUGACAUGAGCACCCAGACCCCACAUAUUACUGGUGAGAUAAUAAACUUCCCCCCCAGGAACACAUAAUGGGAUAAUGAGCCCCAAUAUUCUGCGACAGGCAUGUGACAAUAGAAUGGGGGGCCCGUCUCCCCUACUGUUACCCCUCUGCCAGAGUUUGGGGUUAGACAUCUAGGAGCAUGGUACAAAUAAACCCCUCUGCACGACUUCCCUCACCCCCCCAAAUGUCCCACUCACUCUCUCUGAACUUUGUGUAUGAAUUUCAGCAAAAAUUAAGGAAAUCACCGUGGCUGCUUCUUUUAUUUGCCAACCCUUUCCCCUCGGCACCCCCAUUACAUUAUUUUUUUAUUUCAGUAUUAUAUUCCCCCCCCCUAUAUACACAGCUUCCCUAAUGGACCCCCCUCAGGAUAUAUGCCCCCCCCUUCCCUCUGCGUUGUGUCUGUGGCUCUCCAUAUUCCGUGUCGUGUCUGACCAGCUGCUUCACACAGUCUGUUGCUGUACAAGUGGAUUUGGAAAUAAAGUCGUUAAUACAAACGA